AUGGCAGAACAUCGGGAGAGAGAACAAGAAGCUGGUCAUAAUAGUUCAGCACCAUCAGUCAGGGACACAAGCGUCAAUACACAAAGGACUACCAGAAAUACAGGGACAAACCGUCCGAAUGCUCAAGUUCAUGGCUCUAAAAGAUCACAGCCACCGAAUGGACGACCUCAUGGAGCGCGGCAGCAUACAAAUCAUGCAUCACCCGAAUCUCGACCGCAAUAUUCCUUAGCUGGUAAUACUGGGGGUCCUCAACAAGAACCUCAUUAUGUUGAUAAAGAAUACUACGACUAUAAUCCAAAUUAUCAAAAGCGGAAGGACACUCCAGUGUGGGGAUUAGCGAAACCUCUGCCGCGAGUAGUCAGGUCGGGAAUGAGAAGAGGAAGACAUGAUGCGGUCGAGAACAAGCAUGCGGAAAAUGCAGAACCUGGGAAUUCUGAGGUCAUACCGCAAGUUGGAAUGAUUGAUGAUCAGAAAAAAGACGACUCGAAAAACAAAUCAAAUCGCCUUGGCAGAAGCGAAGAGGAUCGAGGAUAUGGACAUCAACCACAUGAGCGAGGGAGGAGACAAAGUCAUAGAUCCGAUAGACAGAACCCGGAAAAUACUAUAUUGGAUCAAAAUGAUACACCACUAGCCGAGAGAGAUAAUCCUAUGGAUGAUUGGAGGUCGCCUCAGGAUGACGGCAACGUGGAUUCAGGCCAGCAGAACACAGAUCGACUUUCUGAUAUUGAGGAAAAUCCAUCAGGGUCAGCAUCUAUUCAACAUGCUACUACUACGCAAAGUGAAGACUUUGGAAACAACGAAAAUGACGACGAACUCGAUCUGGAGAGGGGGGAUAAGUUGGAAAACGAUGAAUGGUCACUAAACAGUGAAGAAGUGGAGCACUAUAUUCGCGAAGAGAAAGACAAUUACAAUUCAUGGGCAUCAAUUCGAAACAAAUUCCGUGAACCAUUAGCUGAAUGUUUAGCAACAAUGAUAGCAGUCCUCAUUGGUAUAGCCACCAAUCUUGCAGUUCAAACCUCGGGCGAUACUUCAGGCAACUACCAAUCCACAAAUUGGGCUUGGGGCUUAGGAAUCACUGUAGGCAUCUACAUAGCAGGUGGAAUUUCCGGUGCUCAUCUCAAUCCCGCUAUAUCGCUCAUGCUGUGUAUAUACCGUGGCUUUCCCAUGCGCAAAGCAUGCAUCUAUAUCCUUGCCCAAAUUCUCGGAGGAUUUCUCGCUGGACUCAUCGCAUAUGGCAUCUACCAAGAUGCAAUUUCCAUGUACAACUCUACAGGUGGUGUGCUCGCCAACGGGGAGGCCGUCAAUCUGUUAUCCGGAGGCACUGGCGGCACAUCCUUUUAUACCCAACCCAAAUCAUUCGCAAGCCCAGCCUCCAGUUUCUUCAAUGAAUUCGUCGCAACCGGUAUCCUAGCCUGUGCGGUAUUAGCCCUAGGAGAUGACUCGAACGCGCCGCCCGGAGCCGGUAUGCACGCUCUAAUCGUCGGACUCCUCGUCACGGUCCUCACCAUGGCAUUCGGCUACACGACCGGCGCCUGUCUCAACCCCGCGCGAGACUUCGGUCCCCGCCUCGCAACCGCCGCUGUGGGCUACGGUAGAGAAGUCUUCACAGUGUCGAAUGCGUGGUGGAUAUAUGGAGCUUGGGGAGCUACGAUCACGGGAGCGUUAAUUGGAGGAGGCUUGUACGACGUGGCUAUUUUUGUGGGAGGCGAGAGCCCGGUUAAUUACCCGAGGAAAAGGAGGAGAGAGGUGGUAGAUAAGGCGAAGGAGAAGGCUGAGAAGGGAUGGUGGGGUUUUAGGAGGGAUGUGGAACUCGGGUUUAAAGGGCAGUUGGGGAACGAGGGCUGA